GUUGGUGAAAAGUUGUGAGCCGAGCUGGAGCAAGUGCGGGGCGCCGAGUUGCGGAGGGGCUGGAGGCCGGAGGCGUCUCACGGGGACCCUGUCCCCACGGUGGGCGAGCGUCCCUGCUCGGUGACUGCGGAGAGCCGAGCCGCCGGCUCGUCCGCUCCCUUCCCCGAAGCAGGAACUUGAGCGCCCGGCGGCUGCAGCGCUUCACCCGCCCCGCGCGCGGGGUGACUCUGGGCGGCCGCGUCUGCGCCCGCGCCCCCCAGGCUCCGCAUGGCCUUGAGGUGGACCUGGGCCGGCAAGAGCUGCCUGCUGCUGGCGCUGUGCACGGCGGCCUACCUCCUGCUGGACUUAUCUGUCUCCACCCUGCGGGCCGCCUCGACCCGAGGGCACCCCGGCGGCGGGGCCGAGCGCAGGCUGCGAGCGCCCGCCGAGCCGGGUAGCAGGACGUGGGACCCGUCGCGGCCGCUCUAUGAGAAACCCCCGGCCGACCCGGGCGCCCUGGGCGAGUGGGGCCGAGCCAGCAAGCUGCAGCUGGGCCCCGAGGAGGAGAAGCAGCAGCAAGCGCUCCUGGAGCGCUACGCCAUCAACAUCUACCUGAGCGACCGCAUCUCCUUGCACCGCCACAUCGAGGACCGCAGGAUGCCCGAGUGCCGAGCGCAGACGUUCAACUACGCGCGGCUGCCCACCACCUCGGUGAUCAUCGCCUUCUACAACGAGGCCUGGUCCACGCUGCUGCGCACCAUCCACAGCGUCCUGGAGACGUCGCCCGCCGUCUUGCUCAAGGAGGUCAUCCUGGUGGACGACCUGAGCGACCGCGUCUACCUCAAGGCCCGCCUGGAGACGUACGUGAGCCGUCUGGAGCGCGUGCGCUUGAUCCGCACCAAGAAGCGCGAGGGGCUGGUGCGGGCCCGCCUGAUCGGCGCCACCUUCGCCACGGGCGACGUGCUCACCUUCCUGGACUGCCACUGCGAGUGCAACACGGGCUGGCUGGAGCCGCUGCUGCAGCGCAUCGGCGAGGACGAGACGGCCGUGGUGUGCCCGGUCAUCGACACCAUCGACUGGAACACGUUCGAGUACUACAUGCAGACGGGCGAGCCCAUGAUCGGGGGCUUCGAUUGGCGCCUGACGUUCCAGUGGCGCUCGGUGCCCCGGCGCGAGCAGCUGCGGCGCCGCUCGAGGACCGAUCCCAUCCGCUCGCCCACCAUGGCCGGGGGCCUGUUCGCGGUCAGCAAGAAGUACUUCCACCACCUGGGCACCUACGACACGGGCAUGGAGGUGUGGGGCGGCGAGAACCUGGAGCUGUCGUUCCGCGUGUGGCAGUGCGGCGGGCAGCUGGAGAUCCACCCCUGCUCGCACGUGGGCCACGUGUUCCCGCGCCGGGCGCCCUACGCGCGCCCCCACUUCCUGCAGAACACGGCGCGCGCUGCCGAGGUGUGGAUGGACGGCUACAAGGAGCACUUCUACAACCGCAACCCGCCCGCCCGCCGCGAGGCCUACGGAGACAUCUCGCAGCGCCAGGAGCUGCGCCGUGCGCUCAAGUGCCAGAGCUUCGAGUGGUACCUGCGGAACAUCGUCUCCGAGCUGCAUGUGCCUGAGGACCGGCCCGGCUGGCACGGGGCCGUGCGGAGCAUUGGCAUCGCCUCCGAGUGCCUCGACUACAAUGCGCCGAGCCACAACCCCACCGGGGCCAACCUCUCGCUCUUUGGCUGCCACGGCCAAGGGGGCAACCAGUUCUUCGAGUACACGUCCAAGCAAGAGAUCCGCUUCAAUUCGGUGACGGAGCUCUGCGCCGAGGUGCAGGGGUCCCGCACGAUGGUGGGGAUGCAGAACUGUCCCCAGGACGGCACCCCAGUUCCCGAGCCCAUGAUCUGGCACUUCAGGGCCGACCGCACCAUUUUCCACCCGCGCUCGGGGCUGUGCCUGAGUGCGUUUCGGACACCUCAGGGCCACGCCGAUGUGCAACUGCGGACGUGUGACUCGGGAGAUAAAAACCAGAUGUGGAAGUUUGAGAAAUAGAAAGGCACGGCCUGUGCUUGGGAUCUGCAGGCCGACAUUGGCUUUGAGGAAGGCCAUGGCGCCUUCAGAGAGCCUCGGUG